GAGAGCGGGCGAGGGCCGGCGGUUGGCCAGGCAACGGGCGGCGGCGGCGGCGGCAAGGAAGGAAGGCAGGAAGGAAGUGUGUGCGUGCAGCCGGCCGGGGCCCCUGGUUCCCUGGAGCCCGGAGCAGCAGUCCAGGCCUUCCUUGUGUCUGACGCUGAGAAGGCCCACGUCACGUUGACGAUGGAGAAUGAGGAGAAGAUCAUCAAUAAAGGCGAGGAAGAUGAGAUGAGAAUUUACGGCUACACCUUCUGCCCAUGGAAGCUGGUUCUGGUGGCUGUGGGUGUGCUGUGCACCGGCGGCUUCCUCCUCCUCCUCCUCUACUGGAUGCCAGAGUGGCGGGUGAAAGCGGCAUGCAGAAGAGCUUCGCUCAGAGGCUGCCAAGUGGUGCUGCUGAGAACCACGGAUGAGUUCCAGACCUGGUUUUGUGCAAAGGUUCGCACUGUGCUCUCUUUGGGACUCCAUCCGUUUCAGACUCCAAAAUACGUGUCCGAGAAAGUGACCAAUGGUUGCAGCAGCCACUUAUGCAUAACUCCUUCUGAUGAGAACGGAAGUGACGUCAACGGUUACUCCAAGGCUCACCUGCAGGAGAUCCGUUGUUUCACUCAUCAUAGUAUGAAGUAUUUCUGGAACGAUGUGAUCCAAAACUUUGGCUCCAUAAAAGGCCUGGAUGAAUCGACAUCCUGUUCGUCGAUCCAUAAUGAGCACAGCAGAGGGCUGACCAAGGGCAUGCGGGAUUACAGAAAAUUAUUCUAUGGAGUAAAUGAAAUUGCCGUGAAAGUGCCUUCCAUUUUUAAACUUUUGAUUAAGGAGGUUCUCAAUCCUUUUUACAUUUUCCAGCUGUUCAGUGUGAUCUUGUGGAGCACAGAUGAAUAUUACUACUAUGCAGCAGCGAUUGUGAUCAUGUCUCUGAUAUCUGUGGUUAGCUCCCUGUACACCAUCCGGAAGCAAUACCAGAUGCUCCAUGAGAUGGUGGCUGCUCACAGCGUUGUCAGAGUGUCGGUCAGCAGAGCAAAUCAAGGUGCAGAAGAGAUCCUUUCCACAGAGCUGGUGCCUGGAGACGUCAUUGUGGUUCCACUGAAUGGGAUGAUCAUGCCCUGCGAUGCUGUCCUGGUCAGUGGGACGUGUAUCGUCAAUGAAAGCAUGUUGACAGGCGAAAGUGUCCCGGUCACGAAGACUAACCUGCCAAAUCCCACAGAGGAUGCCAGAGCUCUGGCGGAUGAAGUCUACAGCCCUGAAGGACACCGUAGGCACACACUGUUCUGUGGCACCACCGUCAUCCAGACCCGCUUCUACAGCGGAGAGCUUGUCAAAGCUAUUGUUGUCCGAACAGGCUUCAGCACAUCUAAGGGGCAGCUCGUCCGCUCCAUCUUGUACCCAAAGCCAAUGGAUUUUAAGCUCUACCGAGAUGCUUACAUGUUCUUGCUCUGCCUGGUGGGGGUGGCAGCUGUUGGAUUUCUGUACACAGUGGUCAUCAGCAUUCUUUAUGAGGUGUCAGCUAAAAUCAUCAUCAUUGAGUCCCUGGACAUCAUCACCAUCACCGUCCCGCCUGCGCUUCCGGCAGCCAUGACGGCUGGGAUUGUGUAUGCCCAGCGGCGGCUGAAGAAAGUCGGGAUCUUCUGCAUCAGCCCCCAGAGGAUCAACAUCUGUGGGCAGCUGAACCUCAUCUGCUUUGACAAGACGGGCACCCUUACCGAAGAUGGCCUGGACCUGUGGGGGUUCCAGAGGGUGGAGAGCUCUCGCUUCCUUUUGCCAGAAGAGAGUGCGUGCAGCGAGGCCCUGGUCAAGUCGCCCUUCGUGGCCUGCAUGGCGACCUGCCAUUCCCUCACCAAGAUCGAAGGAGUGCUUUCUGGAGACCCCCUCGACCUGAAGAUGUUUGAAGCCACUGGAUGGAUUCUUGAAGAAGCAACGGAAGAGGAAACAGCCCUUCACAACCAAAUUAUGCCUACUGUGGUCCGGCCUCCCAAGCAGUUCCUUCAGGACUCCAAACCUGCAAGCCACAAAGAAAUGGAGCUGUUUGAACUUUCGGCGAGCUACGAGAUCGGCAUUGUGCGGCAGUUCCCAUUCUCUUCCGCUUUGCAACGGAUGUGUGUGGUGGCAAGGGCCCUCGGGCAGAAGAGGAUGGAUGCCUAUGUAAAGGGGGCCCCAGAAGUGGUAGCCGGAUUGUGCAAGCGCGAGACAGUCCCCAGUGACUUCGAAAGGGUGCUGGAAGAGUACACCAGGCAGGGCUUCCGUGUCAUUGCUCUUGCUCACAAAAAGCUAGAAUCCAAACUGACCUGGCACAAAGUCCUGAAUGUUGGCCGAGAUGUCAUUGAGGCCAACAUGGACUUCAUGGGGUUAAUAGUAAUGCAGAACAAGCUCAAGCAGGAAACCCCGGCUGUACUGGAAGAUCUGCACAAAGCUGGCAUCCGCACUGUGAUGGUCACAGGAGAUAACAUGCUGACGGCCAUCUCUGUGGCCAGGGACUGUGGGAUGAUCCAGCCUCAGGACAAAGUGAUCAUUGCUGACGCACUGCCUCCCAAGGACGGCCAGCCGGCCAGGGUCAACUGGCAUUACGCUGAUGCCCUGCCAAAAGAUGCCAGUGCCACACUGGCCAUCGACGUGGAGGAUAUCCCUAUUAAACUGGCGCACAAAAGCUUUGAGGACCUCCAGGUGACCAGAUACCACUUUGCUAUGAAUGGAAAGUCCUUUGCCGUGAUCCAGGAACACUUUCAGGAUCUCAUCCCCAAGCUUGUGCUGCAUGGCACCAUCUUUGCUCGCAUGGCGCCGGAUCAGAAAACCCAGCUGGUGGAGGCUUUGCAAAAUGUGGAUUACUACGUGGGCAUGUGUGGUGACGGAGCAAAUGACUGCGGGGCACUAAAGCAGGCACAUGGUGGCAUUUCCCUCUCUGAGCUAGAGGCUUCUGUAGCAUCGCCCUUCACCUCCCGGACCCCCAGCAUCACCUGUGUGCCAAACCUGAUCAGGGAGGGCCGCGCUGCUUUAAUAACUUCCUUCUGCGUGUUCAAAUUCAUGGCUUUAUACAGUAUCAUCCAGUAUGUCAGUGUCACCCUCCUUUACUCAAUCCAGAGCAACUUGGGAGAUUUCCAGUUCCUCUUCAUUGACCUCGCCAUCAUCUUGGUGGUGGUCUUCACCAUGAGCUUGAAUCCUGCAUGGAAGGAGCUGGUGGCACAGCGGCCACCCUCCGGCCUCAUUUCGGGGACCCUGCUCUGCUCCGUCCUUUCUCAGAUCCUCAUCUCCCUCGGCUUCCAGACCUUGGGAUUCCUGUGGGUCAGGCGGCAGCCCUGGUACGAAACCCGGGCCCCACUCUCCCGCAACGUUUGCGAUGUAUCCGGAGUCCCCUUUGCCAAUGCAUCACAGCACAACAGCACAUCCGUUCACGAUGAGCACAACAUCCAAAACUACGAGAACACCACAAUCUUCUUCAUCUCUAGCUUCCAGUACCUGAUAGUCGCCGUUGCCUUUUCCAAAGGGAGGCCUUUCCGGCAGCCUUGCUACAAGAACUAUUUCUUUGUGAUCUCCAUCCUUGUCCUGUACGCCGUCAUCCUCACCAUCCUGCUGCAUCCAGUGGCAUCGGUUGACACUUUUCUGGAGCUGGUCUGUCUACCCCAUUCGUGGCGGGGCAAAGUCCUCCUCAUCGUUGCCAUCAAUGCCUUUGUCUCCAUUCUGGUGGAGAAUGUCCUCCUUGACACGGUCCUUUGGAAAGCUCUCUUCAGCCGAGACAAGCAAGGAGAAUACUGCCUAGCCUCCUCUUCCUCCUCCUCCUUCUCCUCCUCUUCCUCCCACCCACCACAGGAGACACUGGGCGGCUGGCGGUGGUGUGCCCUUCCUGCACUGCUCCGGUCCAGGAGGAAGCCCCCCAAAGCCAAGUACAUGCACCUGGCCCAGGAGCUGCUGGUGGACCCAGAGUGGCCGCCCAAGCCAUCCACGACCACGGAGGCCAGGGCCCCGGGGAAUGGCUCCUCCUACCAAAUCGUCACUGUCACAUAGCGGCUGGCUCCUCCUCCUCCUCCUGUCAUUCUGGCUUCCUCCGUCACGUCCAGAGAGGCAGCCGAUGCUGGGAGCCCAUCAGGCCUGGACCUGGACUGACUAGCAGAAGCCCCUUCUCUGUGGAGCGGG